AUGCCCGGAGCGGCUGCAGGGACGGCGGCGACAGGAGCAGGCUCGUCAGGAGCGGCAGCAGCGGGGAUGCUCCCAGCUCAGGAGGCGGCCAAGAUCUAUCACACCAACUACGUGCGGAACUCGCGGGCCAUCGGCGUGCUCUGGGCCAUCUUUACCAUCUGCUUUGCCAUCGUCAACGUGGUGUGUUUCAUCCAGCCCUACUGGAUCGGGGACGGCGUGGACACCCCGCAGGCGGGCUACUUCGGGCUCUUCCACUACUGCAUCGGCAACGGCUUCAGCCGGGAACUCACCUGCCGGGGCAGCUUCACGGACUUCUCCAGCCUGCCCUCGGGAGCCUUCAAAGCUGCUUCCUUCUUCAUCGGGCUCUCGAUGAUGCUCAUCAUCGCUUGUAUCGUCUGCUUCAUCCUCUUCUUCUUCUGCAACACAGCUACCGUCUACAAGAUCUGUGCCUGGAUGCAGCUGACCUCGGCUGCCUGUCUCGUCCUGGGUUGUAUGAUUUUUCCUGAUGGCUGGGAUUCAGAUGAGGUAAAACGCAACAGACAAGACAGCUUGAUAGCAGAGGAGCUCAAGUUGGAAAACAAAGCCUCCAAAAGAUAA